UCCACUUUGCGUUUCAAGUAUGAAGAACUUCUUAAGAUUUGGAAUAUUGCUUCUUCUAAAUAUUGACUAUUUUUUGUGUGUUUCUGAAAGAAAUGGAUAUAAACCACUAAUUGAACGAAAGAUGGUUGAAGGAUCGCCCGCAAGUACUUCCGAGUUCGCUUUUAUAGCAGCAAUAUUCCUGAAAAAUGAGUUUGUAGGUGCUUUUUCUUUAAUCAACUCACGCACAUUAAUAGGAGCAGCGAAAAUUAUAGAAAGCAAUGAUGUUCAUGAUUAUUAUGGAAGAAUUGGUAAUAAAAACAAAUAUGAAGGGACGAACUUGACGUUUACAAAAAAAUUUAUACAUCCAGAUCACGGUUUAGUAGGGAAUGUCCAUGAUAUUGCGCUUCUGAUUCUUCAAGAACCUGUCCAUAAUAUGCUCCCAAUUGAUCUACCUGGUAGUAACGAAAUGUUUACUAAUGGUUUGGUGAAGAUUGUCGGUUGGGAAACAAAAAAUUCCGAUCAUGAUACAAAUUUUCUUCAAGUAGCGGAAGCGAAUUUAAUGGAUCCACAAAGCGCUGCUCGUCAGUUUGGAAUGUCCAUAACUGGUGAAGAAAUUGUAGCAGUACCAUCUGAAGGAAAAGUAGUGAAAGGCGAAUAUGGCUCACCAUUGAUAUUCACAAAUAAAUCAGGAAAACAAAUUCUCAUUGGCAUUUUGACUAACCCAAGCAAUACUGACAAAGAACCAGAUAUUUACCUAUCAACCAGUGUUAAUAUUGAUUUUAUAAAUCGUUACCGCUGUGAAAAGGACUCAUGCGUUUAAGUAUAUAAUUAGAAUAUUGCAGAGACCUUUUCUAUUAAAAAGCUAUACGUAUCAAAUCUAAAUUGUAAUUGCAAUGAGCGUGUAUUUUUCGAGAAUAUAUCAAAAUAAUCAACGAUU